AUGACUAACCACAUUGGCGGGCCUUCACUCUCUCAGGCCCGCAAAACCAUGAACAUCGACCAUUCCCAUACAGGCUCCAGCGCUGGGCACAACCACCGCCAUUUGCACCACCAACAACACAACCAACAGCAGCAGCCACGCCAGCUCCAUCCGGAAGAGGAACCUGAACUUGAUCUCGAUCAAACUCCUCACCAACACCAACACCACAUCCACACCCACACUCACAGCCACAACUACAACCACAACCUCAACCACAACCACGCUCGCUACCACCACCAAGAACAUUCAUCACAUGAAGACAGCGACAACAACACCUCUCAACGUCUCGACAUUCGUUCACCACUAGACGACGCCACCACCCACCAACAACAACAGCAAUCCGAACCAGGACUACUAAAUGCACGUUCAGUGUUAGUGGUCCAGACUGUGUCCGUCAUCAAGAUCAUAGAUGACGCCGGCGCUCUCGUCCACUUCUCGACUCUGGCAUCCCAACCUGCUACGCAGUCACCCGACCCUGUGGCCGUGUUAACUGCCGACGUUAGAGACCUGGGUAGCCAGUUGCCCACCCUGUCCGUCUCAGUUCCGGGACUUGGCGAUGGGACACCGUCGCCAACUGCCUCCGUCGACACGGAGUCGUCUAUAACGUCCGCUAUUCUGUCUCUGCCCUCUGGCGUGUCUGCGCCGGGGGCCUUGACGUCCGCUCUUUACAACACUUCGUCCGUAUCAUACGAUGAUGGCGCCUCGACCUUCCCCACACUAUCGUUAUCCUCGGGUCUUUUCAACUCUUCUUCUUCUUCAACUCGCAUCCCAUCGUUUUACGCCAACGGCACACAUGUGUCCCAUUCCUUGUUCGCAAACACCACCCGAACAUCGAUCUAUGCAAGCUCGACUUCCACCUUCGCUUCUUCCACUAAAAGCCGAGCUUCAACCACUCGAUUCACCUCCACCUCGUCGGGUGUGCCGACUCUCGUAGCAGGUGGAACCGGAGGAGGCAACAGCGGUAAUGGGGGUGCCGGUGGCGAAUCCGCAAACCCCGCCGGAGCGACCGACUCUCCAUAUGUCGACCCCGACAACACGGACGACAACUCGAGCGGCCUUACGCCCACCGCUCAGCGAUCCAUCAUCGGAGGCGUCGUAGGCGGGGCGGCCGGCAUGGCCCUUAUUGCGUUCCUGUUAUUGUUCCUUCUCAAAUGGAAAAAGCGAAAUGGCGGCGGCAACAUCCGGUUGCUGGGCGAGGGUGGAGCUCUGGCGGCUGCAGCCCGGAAACGGGGCGGGCAUGAGCAGGGAGGAGGAGCUCUGGAAGGAGGAGGAGGCGGCAGUGGUGGAGGUGGAGGAGGAAUGACGGAAAGAGGUCUUCCAUAUGCAGUCCCGUCUGCUCUUGCCAGCCUCACGGGGGCAAAGCGAUUUUCAGCUGCGUCAGCCGAGCCCCCAGUUGCAGAACGGGGCUUUUACCGGGUAUCAGGCAAGAAGCUGAUAUCCGUUCUAGAAUCCGGCGGAGAUGGGUACAGCGACCCGGAUCCGCACGAGAGUGUUUACUACCGGGAUUCCAUGGCGUUUGGUGAUGGGACGGCAGGCGCCCUCGGCCUCGGUGGGCAAAGACUCAAACUUGGAUCUCCCAUGCGGCCCAUAAGUGGCGUCCCCGUCUUUAGGUCAGGACCGGGGAGGACCGCGAUUGUUCAGCAGGAUGGAGGAUCACCAGGAGUUGUAGGAGGAUCAAGCCCCUUUUCAGAUGACACGCACCCGGUAACGCCCACGUCACCGAUUGGCAGUCAUGGACCCCCAAGUCCGCCCGCACGUGCUUCAUUAAUGCCAGACCCCAUCGGUCGGAGUCUGGUAUCACGGGAUGGGUCCCGAGGAUCUGGGUCAAGAUUUACUGAGGAUAUGUGA